AAUUGUUUUAAGAAAGAGAAAAAAAACUCGAGCAGUUCCUCUUUCUUUCAACUUUGCAAUUUCAUUAAUUUUUGGUUAUAAAUGAACUGCAAUGAAAUAAUUGUUCCCAUUUAGACACACAUAUCGAGGCUCCUUCCGUGCAGUCUAACUGUAGCUGUUGCAGAUUCCUUCAUCUCUCCCACUGCUUUUCACGUCUGGUUUUCCUUGUGUAUUAAUACAUCUUUUAUCAUCUUACCCUUCUUUGCAAAAUCCCGGUACCAUUACCGCCAAAUGGAAGCGGAUACGCUCAUGUUCUUCAAUUAAUCCCUUUCAGUCUGUUCGAGUUUCGGAUGAUGGCUUCGAUUUUAUUAUCCUCUCCCCUACCACAUCUCUUGCGUGCUCUGCUUCACUGUCUUUCAUGAAAACAGCCAGUCCUCUGUUUCGGUCUCUGAGCAGAGCGUGAAAGGAGGUCCUACGAUUUCCUCUCAUUUGUAUCAUCUGGGUCUUUCCCUUUUCUCUGAGCCAUGCUUUAAGGACUCUGUGAUUUCGCAUUAAGUCCUGUUGAAGUGAGUUUUUGGUGUUUUUGAUAUUUCACUUUGGAGGCUUACAAAGUAAGGUCUGGUUCAAGUGGGAUUUAUGAGUGAUUCACUGUGAAGGCUCUGGAAAUGGGGUUUGUCAAAAUUUCACCGAAAAGUUGAAUCUUAGUCUCGCUCUGAUUUUAUUGAUGUGUGUUUUUGCUCUUCUUUGGGAGGCUGUGUUUGGACUCUGAAAAAUUGGAUAUAUUUUUUUGACCUCGCCUCAAAAUUGUGGUGAAAAUGGGUUGUACGAACUUCAAAACUAAGAAAAAUGAAGCUCUCCGUCUUUGUACAGAACGGAGGAGACUCAUCAAGCAGGCCAUUGAUUCAAGGUACUCCCUUGCAGCUGCUCAUCUAUCUUACCUCCAGUCCCUCAGAAAAAUCGGCAUUGCUCUUCGGCAGUACGCUGAGGCAGAGGUCUUGAUAGAACCAUCAUUACUGACCUCGGAUAAGACCCCAUCGCAUUCGUCUUACCCAUCUCCUUCUCCAUCACAUGUUGCAGAAGUCUCGGACUCAUCAUUGCACAAUGAGAGCCCAAUUUCGCCACCUGUGGCGGCUUUAAGUUAUAUGAGGUCAAGGGGUAGUGCUGCUCUGACUUUUGUGGUCAAUCCGAAUGGUGGUGAUAGUUAUGUGGAUGAGGAAUCAAUGGCAUUUCCAAUGCCACCACCCCCUCCACCUCCUCUGGAGUCAGGUUCUUGGGAUUUCUUUGACCCCCCCAUUGAUGAUAGCGAGAGCUUCAGGUUUGUGGGCCACAGUGGGUUGGAUGUGGAGUUAGAUGAUAUGAGUGGAUGGAGACAGUUCAAAAGCACAGUUGAUUUAGGUGGGACUGAUGAACUUCACGAAGGAUCGUUUAGGCCCAAAUCAGAGCAAAAUGUUGGUGAAAUUCCUGGUAAUAUAGCUACUCGAUAUAAUACAAAUUGUGCAUCAGUUGAGCGUAAUGCUCAUUUAAUUACUUCAAGAGGAGUUGAAGGUUCUCAACAAACGAUUGAUGGUAAAGUGAAUCGGCUAGGAUCGGGACCUAAUAAUGUUAAUAGGUUGCCUGAUUCUUCUGCUCUAGAAAAGUCCAGUUCAAAGAGGGAGAAAACAAUGGCGGAUAAAGAAGUAUGUGCAGAAAGAGAGGACGCUUCAGAGUUCAUUACUCACAGAGCUAAAGAUUUUCUUUUGAGCAUAAAGGAUAUAGAGCAUCGUUUCUUCCGAGCUUCUGAAUCCGGUAAGGAGGUAUCCAGGAUGCUAGAGGCAAACAAAAUCGGGGUUGGAUAUUCUGAGAUGAAAGGGAAAUCAUCUGCCUUGGCUUUGGGGGCUUUCCAGCUUGUUUGCUGCCAUUGCAAACCUGCAUUUGUUACCCAUGAACCUUCACAAAAUGUAACUAAGGUUAUUACAUGGAAGCGGACAACAUCUUCAAGGUCAUCCUCGUCUAGGAAUCCUCUUGGAACAGCAUCGAAAGAAGAUACCGAUGACAGCAUAAGUGAUUUUGGUGAAGAGUUCUGCAUGAUUGCAGGAAGACAUUCAUCUACCCUAGACCGACUGUAUGCAUGGGAGACAAAAAUUUAUGAUGAAGUAAAGGCCAGUGAAUCUAUCAGGAAGGAGUACGAGCGUCGGUGUAACCAGCUUAGGCAGCAAUUUGCAAAGGAUUGUAGCACUUCAGUGAUUGACAAAACCCGGACAGUUGUAAAGGAUCUUCACUCACAAAUGAGAGUGGCAAUUCAUUCUGUUGAUUUAAUAUCUAAGCAAAUUGAGAAAAUCAGUGCUGAAGAGUUACAACCCCAACUGGUAGAGUUGAUCCGGGGAUUGACUAGAAUGUGGAAAGCCAUGCUUGAAUGCCAUCAUGCACAGUACAUUACCAUCUCAUUGGCAUACCAUUCAAGGACUUCAGCAAGAACUCCCCAAGGAACUACCCAAGGGCAGAUGAUAUCUCAACUCCAAUAUGAGACUGAAUGCUUUGGCUUAAGUUUUGCUAAUUGGAUCAACAGUCUCACAUCUUAUGUGGAAGCUAUAUAUGGUUGGCUGCAAAACUGCAUCCUACAACCACGAGAACCUUCCAAGAGCAGAAGGCCAUUAUCCCCUCGUCGAGUUCUGUUCCCACCCAUAUUUGUUCUAUGCCGGGAUUGGUCGGCUGGGCUUAAAGAUUUGCCAUCUGAUGAACUUAGUAAUGCCAUCAAAUCAUUUUCAUUGGAUGUGUGCCAGUUGAUCACCGCACAUGCUGAACAACUGCAGAAGAAACAGAAGCCAGCUGAUCCAGAAAAUGGAGAAGCAGAAAGUAAAGAGAAUGAGGACGAUGAUGCUUCUUCCAACUUGUUCUGCAUACAAACAAGUUUGACAAAGAUACUUGAUCGGCUGAAAAAAUUUUCGGAGGCUUCAUUGAAAAUGUAUGAAGGUAUCAGACAGCAAAAUGAAGAAGCCCGAAUUAAUUACUUGAAAUGUGGACCGACCAGAACAUAAAGUUUAUGUGAUUAUCAGAGUUACUUGUAAAUUUCAUGAAGUUGCAAAAUGCAAUUGGGAACAGAUACUUUGGGGGCAGUGGUGUGAGAAUGCUAGUUUGGCUAGAUUUUGAGAAGCUCGAACCCAAAUUUACAGGGUUCAGAUCUGUUGCUUCCACGGAGUUUAUUCCACCGGGUUGUAGAAUAAAAUUUGCUUCUUG